AUGCCUCGUAUGGCAAUUCGAAUGGCGUGGGCGGCGCAAUGGGCGGCAUUAGGACCUUAUUUACAGACGAUGUUGCCUCGCUACGCUGUACAGUUGACACAGCUCAGCGGGCCACUCAGCGGGGUCGUAAUGGCGCCCAUUGUCGGAGUGUAUUCCGACCAAAGCACCUCGAGAUAUGGACGUCGUCGCCCGUACCUUGUUGUAUCGGCAGUUGGGAGUAUUAUCUGCUGGGUCCUUAUGGGCUACACACGAGAGUUGGGAGACGCGCUGGGUGAUGUCGGAUCUGGAAAACCUGGAGAAGUGACAGAUCGCAAAUGGACUGCUCUACUCACCGUGGUCUUCUACCUUGGGAUGGAGAUUGCUAUCCACAUCUCGCUCAUCCCAGCGCUACUGUUGAUAUCGGACUUUGCUGGUAGACGGCAGACCCUCGGGUCAGCAAUGGGCCACGGAUGGUCGACACUGGGCGCGAUUGUGGUGGCUGCAUACACGGAAUUCUUUGGAGCCGCGUACAACUCGAUGCACUGGUUCUUGGGAAUGCUGUCAGUCUUUAUGGCAGUUUGUGUUGGAGCGUCAUGCUACGUGGCCAAAGAGACCCCACUGGAUAAACAGACGAUGGACAAGCGAAGUUGCUGUAAGAAUGUGACCUUCGCCUUUGGCUCGAUCUACGGUGCAGUCAAGACGCUGCCAGGUGUGCUGGCGGUGUACUGCACUGUGAUUUUCCUGAAUCAGUACGCCUUCGCAGCCUACAACGGCAACAAAGGAAUGCUCUUCGGUCUCGAGGUCUUUAAUGGAGACGCGACCAACUCUGCGACAUGUGGCGACGAGUGCUCGGAGGAACAGCGGGACUAUAACCGAGGUGUUCGACUCGCUGGGGGCCUCGCUGAUAUGCUCUUUUGUAUCGUCGGAUACCUGUACUCGUGGGUUCUUCCUCCGCUGGUGCGUCGCUUUGGAGCUAAAAAGAUUGCAACACUUGCAACAAUUCCUCAGGUGUUGCUGAUGUUCAUGGCAUUCUGCGACGUUGUGGCACUGGAUGUGAUCAUUGUGGCUCUCACGUCCAUCACUAUCAGCACGUUCUUCGCACUGAUAGUGCCGAUCAUUGUUCACAUAUUUGGUCACACCGCCGACAUUGGUGUAUAUGUAGGUGUUGUAGGCUCCGCUAUAUCAUCCGGGCAGUUGCUAAACUUCAUUGUCGGCUCGGUACUAGUGGAAACCUCGAUGGGCUAUCGAUUACCGAUUUUUGUGGGCGGCGCUGUCAGUUUGCUGGCGUUCCUCGUCUGUGUCAUCUUCUUUAGAAUUAAAAUGUUCUCCCUAUAA